AUGGGUCAACUACCUCUCUCUCGAGUCACACCAUUACGACCAUUCGCUCACACCGGUGUCGAUUAUGCAGGACCAAUCACAAUGAAAAAUUCAAAGGGAAGAGGCUCGAAAACAAUCAAAGGAUGGAUCUAUGUGUUCGUAUGUUUCUCCUCAACGGCAGUUCACCUUGAGGUUGUCAGCGAUUACUCAACCGAGGGAUUUCUGGCAGCUUACAGAAGAGGGAUCACUCACAAAUUGUACUCUGACUGUGGUACAAAUUUCAUUGGAGCACAGGCAGAGCUCAAACGCCUGUUCACGUCAAGUUCAAAGGAGCACCAACAGAUCGCAUCGAUCCUGUCAGCAGACAACACUCAAUGGAUGUUCAACCCAUCAGCUGCUCCUCACAUGGGAGGAAAAUGGGAAGCGGUGGUAAAAUCGAUCAAGUACCAUCUAAGGAGAACGAUUGGUGAGCUCUUACUAACAUUCGAAGAGUUUUCCACUCUCCUCACACAGAUCGAAGCGGUGCUCAACUCAAGACCAUUGAAGCCGCUCAGUGACGAUCCCGACGACAUCUCUGCGCUCACCCCAGGACAUUUCCUCAUUAGCUCAGCUCUCAACACGAUACCAGAACCAUCACUGCUCGAAGUUUCAAGCAAAGGGUUCAGCACUUCUGGUCUCAGUGGUCUCGACACUACCUGCAGAGACUUCAGUCAAUUUCAAAGUGGCAUCAUCCGUCUCACGACCCCAAGACAGGCUCACUGGUGCUGCUCAUGA